AUCAUGGCAGACCAACUGACAGAGGAGCAGAUCGGUGAGUUCAAGGAGGCAUUCUCACUCUUUGACAAAGAUGGUGAUGGCACCAUUACUACUAAGGAGCUGGGUACUGUCAUGAGGUCGCUGGGCCAGAACCCGACCGAGGCUGAGCUGCAGGACAUGAUAAAUGAGGUGGAUGCUGAUGGUAAUGGAACCAUUGACUUUCCAGAGUUCCUUACCAUGAUGGCAAGGAAGAUGAAGGACACAGACAGUGAGGAAGAAAUCCGGGAAGCCUUCAAAGUGUUCGAUAAGGAUGGCAAUGGUUAUAUCAGCUCGGCUGAGCUUCGUCACGUGAUGACCAAUCUGGGCGAAAAGCUAACAGACGAGGAGGUGGACGAGAUGAUACGAGAAGCAGAUGUCGAUGGAGACGGACAGGUCAACUAUGAAGAGUUUGUACAGAUGAUGACUUCAAAGUAA